UGCAACUGUCACUGUCAAACAUCAAAAUUUUGUUGUUUUGAUUAUUUACGUCAAAUGGGCCAUAAGCCCACGUGCAUAGAUGGAUUUUGCGAAAAAGCAAUUAGUAAAAUACGGUUGGAAAGAUGGUAAAGGAUUAGGGAAAAACGAGGAUGGAAUUUCAGAAGCCUUAAAACCAAAAUUGAAAUUCGACAAUACUGGAAUUGGCCAUGAAGUUGGAGAUCAAUUUACCAAUAACUGGUGGGAAAGGGUUUUUAACAAUGCUGCCAGUAACAUAAACGUUAAAGUGGAUCAAGAUGAGGUGAAGUUGCACUUGAAAGAAGAAUCUGUUGAAAUCACCACAAAAAAUUAUUCACUGAAAGAACUCAAAAAGAAUAAACAUUUAGAAUAUGGCUCAUUUUUGAAGUCUGCAAAACUUACUGGACGUGAAGUUGAAACUUACAAUGUUACGCCUAUUGAGAAGUUUGCUUCUUGUAGUUCUUUGACUGAUGAUGAAUUAUUUGCAGCGUGUGGAGGCAGAACUGCUCAUAAGGGUGCAAGACAUGGUUUAAAAUUAGGUGGAAAAUUGUCAAGAAUUGAAAAGCAAGAGAAAAUGUUGCUCAAAAAAAUGAAAAACGUUUCUUUGACUGAUGAUACCAGUAAUUUGGAGAAAAAAAUCAAGAAACUAAAAAAGCAUAAAGAAGAAACUACGAACAAUACAUCACCUCAGGAAUUUGAAAGUCCUAGUUCUAAAAAACACAAAAACAAGCGCAAGAGUGUUUCCUUCAAUGAUGAGGCUGUUGUUAAAUAUUACACUCCUGAAGCAGACACAAGUCAUGAAAGUAUUAAAGAAGAAAAUAGUAAUAAUCCAGUGUUAGCUGAUCAUAACUCAAAUUCUUGCGAUGAAGGGAUUGAACAAGAUUUUGAAGACUCAAAUAACGAUUCAAGUGAUCACCGAAGUUUUGAAGAGGCACAAAAAACGUUUGAUGAUUUGUCUAAAUCGGAAAGGAAGAAAUUAAAAAAGAAGCGAAAGUUGGAAAACAAAAAAACAAAAACUGCUCAAUUUAUUGAAGAUGUGAGGGAGCAAAUGGCCACUGAGGAGAAUUGUAAAAAGCGGAAAUUGAGGGUUGAGGACGUGGAUAUGGAAACUAAGCAAAAUGAGUUGUGUAAAUAUUCGAAAAAAAUCAGAAAAGAAAUGAAACGUGAGAAGAAAAUGAUGAAGUCAAUUGUAAAGUCAUUAGACAAUUUUUGUAAAAUAUCUGACGAUGAAUAGUGAACUGAAGGUUUAGGAAUGUACAAUACAGGGUGAUUCAUAACUCGCGCCCCAGAAAAAAAUGCCAAGUAAGAUAAGAUAUUUUAACAUUUUUUUCUGUGGCGUAAGAUCUGAACCAGCUUGUAUAAUUUAAUUCACAAAAAAAUCCACAAAACAAGAGACUUACAUUAUAAUAUUUUCCAAAAAAAUAUAUAAAAAAAAUAUUUUUAUAAAAUGAUCGAGUAGUUGGUAAUAUCCAAUUAUAUGUGAGUGUUGCCAUAUAAUGUAGUUUAACGUUACUUUUGGGUUAAUAAAAAUUAAUAGAUUUUUUUUUGAAA